CUGCGGAAUAUUUAGCUGGGAGUGUUGUAGGUAUAUAAAUACGUCAGCGGUGGGUAGCGUAGGUGCCGGGCUAGACGUCCUCGCUUUCAGUGUUUUAGGCAAAGGGACCUACCGUUUGCUCAGCAGUACCUUUUAUUCCUGCUUGUGCUUGAAGGGGCAGGUGUCGCAGGCAUGGUGGACAGCGUGUACCGAACACGCUCGCUCGGCGUGGCUGCCGUGGGGCUGCCGGACCAGUACGCCGACGGCAAGGCGGCCAAAGUCUGGCAGAUGUACAUCGGGGACACCCGCAGCCGCACGGAGGAGUACAAGAGCUGGGUGCUGUCGCUGCUCAGGCAGCACAACUGCCAGCGGGUGCUGGAUGUGGCCUGUGGCACAGGUGUCGACUCCAUCAUGCUUGUGGAAGAAGGCUUCAACAUGGUGAGUGUGGAUGCCAGUGACAAGAUGCUGAAAUACGCCCUCAAGGCGCGCUGGGAGAGAAGGAAAGAACCUGCCUUUGACCAGUGGGUGAUCGAGGAGGCCAAUUGGCUGACGCUGCCGCAGGAUGUGCAGAAGCCGGGCAGCGGCUUUGAUGCUGUCAUCUGCCUGGGAAACUCCUUCGCCCACUUGCCAGAUUUCAAAGGGGACCAGAGCGACCAAAAGCUGGCUCUUCAGAACAUCGCCAGUAUGGUGAAGCCUGGCGGAAUCCUCAUCAUCGACCAUCGGAACUAUGACUACAUCCUGGAGACUGGGAGGGCCCCCCAGGGAAAGAACAUCUACUACCAGAGUGACCUGACCAAGGACAUCUCCACGUCGGUGCUGUGGGUGAACAACAAGCCUCACAUGAUCACACUGGACUACACGAUACAAGUACCUCUGGAGGCUGGUCAGGGAAGCUCACCUGAGCUGAGCAAAUUCCGCCUCUCUUACUACCCUCACCGCCUGGAGAACUUCAAGGAGCUACUGAAAGGGGCCUUCGAGGGCAAGUGUGAGCAGAGCGUGUAUGGCGACUUCAAGAGCUACGAGCCGGGCCAGACACAGGCACCGUGCUACUUCAUCCAUGUGGUGAGGAGGAGCUCCUAGGGGCCUCCACACUGCUACACCCACCGACUCUCCAUCGUCUCCCCCCUACCUGCCCAGAUGUUUCCUCAGGGAUCCCACCCUUAUCCACGAAACGCCGGCCUCCCCCUCCUGCUUGUGCAGAGAUAGUGGGGGGGG